UCGUUCAGAUUUCGAGGCGUGGGGAAAUCGUUCGAUGAGUGUUCGUUCUUAGUUACCUAGAUGUUUCGUGAUCACGCUUCUCCACGACCGGUGCCACCAUCUUGUUUGUUUCAUCAAUAAAGAGAGUUUAAGACUUAAACGGCGAUUAAACAUUUUUUUAGAGUGCUUUUUGUUUGUACCUCUUCUUGCAGAAUAAACAGUUCAAUCAAGUCUGUGAACAUGUCCCACGGCGGUAGAAAUGAAUGUAGAAUUUACGUGGGCAAUUUGCCGCCCGAUAUAAGAACGAAAGACAUCCAAGACCUUUUCUACAAGUUUGGUAAAGUUGUUUUCGUUGAUUUAAAAAAUCGCAGAGGACCACCGUUCGCUUUCGUCGAAUUCGACGACCCGAGAGAUGCUGAGGACGCAGUAUAUGCAAGGGACGGAUAUGAUUAUGACGGUUAUAGACUACGUGUUGAGUUUCCUAGAGGUGGUGGGCCUAGCAAUAAUUUCCGUGGUGGUCGUGGUGCAGGAGAUAGUGGAAGAGGUGGCAGAGGUGAAAUGAGUAAUUCUAGAGGACGUGGCCCACCUGCUAGAAGAUCCCAGCACAGAGUUCUUGUCACUGGCUUACCUCCUUCUGGAAGUUGGCAAGAUCUGAAAGAUCAUAUGCGCGAAGCUGGUGAUGUAUGCUUUGCUGAUGUGUAUAAAGAUGGUACAGGAGUUGUUGAAUUCCUACGAUACGAGGAUAUGAAGUAUGCCGUGAAGAAAUUAGAUGAUUCUCGAUUUAGGUCCCAUGAGGGUGAAGUAGCCUAUAUUCGGGUUAAAGAAGACCAUAACAGUGGUGACAGGGGACGCAGCGAAGACAGGGAGAAGGGCCGAAGUCAUUCACGGAGUUAUAGUCCACGACGUCGUGGAUCGCCCACCUAUUCACCAUUACGACGUAAUUACUCGCGAUCAAGAUCUCGUUCCAGAUCUCGUUCAUACGACUAGUGUGUACGUAUAUGUUUCACAUGGUAAUAUAAGUAAAAGGCUUAUCAAUAUUUGCUUUACCAUGUUUCAUUAUUACUGAUUUUUACAUUCACUUAUAGACACCUUCCAAUCCAAAAAUUGAACGAAUUUUGUACAAAUUAUCAAAUUAUUUACAUGUUGCUUGAAUUUAAUAAUUGUAUUGUAUCUAAUGUACAGUUAGAGCACGGUUCGUUUUUUAUACUGUUCUUCAACAAUUCCAUCUUAAACAUACGUAAAUUACACAUACCGAUGAUAUAAGUUAUCUUUCUAUUUAAAAACCUUAUUUCUCGAACUCGUGAUAGCAUUUGAAUUUUUAAACAGUAAACAUUGGCAUUGAAUUUUAUCUUAAUUUUUUUGCCUUGACCACAAGGAAUCGUGCUCAUAUUAACUGGCUAUUAUUGUUGAAGAUAAUAAUGAUUAGAGUUAUAUUUUAUGUUUAGAAAUACAUUCCUUUAUAUUUUGCAGUUCAUUUUGACACUACAACUAUAAUUAAAGUGUAUAACAAUUUUGAAGUAUUAGAAACGAUCUAAAGAAAAGGAGUGACUAACAUUACUUAAACAAUUUAAUUACACGUUUGCAUUAAUGAGUAAUUGUAUUGUUGAUAUUAUCUAUGAUAUUAUCAUAGUGCAAUACUUUACUCAAUCCAGUCUUUGACUUUUCACGUUUAUUUAUUCACAUUUGCAGUGAUGAGAACAGCACAUUUUAAACCAUAUUUUAUAUUUUCUCAACUUCUAAUAUGGCGUACUUAUCACGCCGUAAGGCUAAUAUUUUUUUAUUAGCAACGAUUAGAAAUUUCGAGUUAGAGAAACAAUCGAUUCGUCUUUUUACACCACAUAUUUAUUGCUCUAAACAGUUUUGUAUAUUUGAACUGUAAAAUAGUAAUUUAACAAAUUUUUUUGCUGUGCGAAUUGCAAGUGGUUCUUUCGAAUAACGUAUUCACGUACGAGCAUGAAUAAUGAAUACAUCAAAGUUGUUUACACGGUUUAUCGUCGUUUAAGUUAUCACACAAAUUUAAGUAUACUCGUUUGAGCUAUAUAGUGAUGACAAUACAAAAACUAUAUGUGCUGAAAAACUACACUUGAUACCUAGAUAAUGUAAUACAUCGAUACCCAUCAGCGGGAUAUAUUUGAUAAACAUAGGUGAAGGAUUUAUUCUUUACUAAUAGAUUAACGUUCAUACGAUUUUCCAUACGAUAUGCUUUGAAAAGAAUCAAGUACUGAUAAUAACUGUCAUUUAUCUUGCACUGAUAUUGAUUGCUCGAUAUAACAACAGCUUAAACUGCAUCUUUCAUAUUUGAGUGUCCUUUAACGACGAUUAUCGGACCAUUUAGUUUGGUAGGAUAUUAUCGUGUGCUAUGUAUCACUUCAAAAUGAAAGAAAACCAAGAAAAAAAGAUGCUACUCUUGAAACUAUUAUUAAGAAUAUGAUAACAUGCCUGUUUGCAAUUAGUUGAAUAUUUCUGUGAAUUAUUCAAGUAAAGCUUAAGUGACAAACGAAUUAUCUUGAGGAAUGUAUUGUCACAGAUCGAGGAAAUUAAGAAUGGCACUGUGUUGCACAUUUCUCAUAUUUUUUUCUGUUUAAAAAUUGAAUAAUUGAUUAGAAGGAGUAUCCUUCAGAAUAUUCUUACGUAUUGCAAAUUGAUCCUGUGAUAUUUCUCUUAUCUUUACUUAUGCACAUGCAUCCAAUAGAAAUGGAAAUGGUUCUAAAUUUAAAUUAAGCAGAUACAAAAUGUUUUUUCUCUGUAGUAUUUGCUCAAUUUAUAAAACGUAAUAUUUGAACUAAAAUUAAAUCACAAGGAUUACAUUUGCAGUGAUAAAUUUUAUAUACAUAUAUAAACAUUAAUGAAUAUAUUGUAUAAGGGACUAAUGUAUUUUUUCUUCUUUUGUAUAUUGGAUUGGAUUGUAACACAAUGAAUGAAAAACUGAAAUCGACACGAUCUUGCUUCUUGGAUGGAUAUAAUACACAAUUCGCUUGACGGUGGGAUGAGAUGGAAUGCGUUUUGGAUGGAUUUAUGUAUGGAGCAUAUAUUGUAAAAAAGGAUUAAGAGGCAUUAAGGAUACUUUCAAGAGGAAAUUCAGGAUCAGGAAUUCAGGAAAGGAAUUGGAUGAAAAAACACAAUCCGUUUCAUUCAAGGAUUCUCAAUUAGCUGGAUUUUCAUCAGAAAGCGUUGGCACGUCCAUUACAAGGAUUAAAAUAUUUUCUCGAAUUUGAAUCGUUAAACGAACAUAAAAAAAUAGCAGUGCUUUUCCGUUGACCAAGAAGGCUAAAAAGUACGAAACGACUUCGACACAUCACGUAUUCGUAGACAUAUUUUUUAAUCCAGUGUUCGAUUUACGCGAUUCGAUAAAAGAAAGUGAUUCUCGCGAUUUAAUUUUUUUUGCAAUGAUUUAAAGAACAAACUGGUAAUGGAAUGUCAACAAAUUAUACAUGAAAGUACUCGUAGUUUCGUAUGUCAGAUAUUCGUAAGUUCGAGAAUUAAUUUUAUCGUUACGUGAAAAUGAUAACGUUGAUUCUCGUUGUCAAAAGAAGGGAUACUCCAUUCAUCGGAACGAUCAUACGUCUCAUCCGUCGGCGCCGAGUAAUCGCGGAAAAAAGUAUAAACGGAACGGAAAGGAUACCGAGAACCUGGAGGAUGUCAGCUUGUUGAAAAAAAACUCUUCGUCGUUUCUCGUUCGGCUCGCGCCAUUAGGAUAGGCGAAUACUUAGCAUUCCUCAGGAUCGUGGAAAACUGAACAAGUGGCCUUCCGACGGAGAACUAUCGCGUCAUAAAAAUAGUGUGCUUCCGAUUCCCCAUUCGAAAGAUCAUCCGGUCGCUCUCCUCUCGGUCGUCUCAAUCUUCGAUCCGUGUGCAUACAUCGAAACGUGUGCCGUAAUUUGAACUCCGUUCUCCCGGGACUCUGGCGCGCGCAAGAGGAUGUACGUUCGGGGUAAAUAAGACGAAUCCUUCAUCUUGUAACGAGGACCCGACUCUCCCUAGUUGUAGAGGAUCUCCCAGAAUGAAAAAAAAUAAAAUGGAAGGAUUCGGCGGAUGUAUGUCGGAUUAGGAUGCUGACAGGAUAAAAAUUAGUGUUCAUGAUGGAUGGUUUGGAUAACGGAUAAGAAUUGGCUGGACGGAUUCUGUAAAUAAGCGGAUCAUAAUAAUUGGAUCUUGGAACGCCGUGUUCAUCACGUGUGGACGGAUUUGGAUUUUUAUAAAAGAAAGCAGAGCUCGUCGCUCCUGCGCUCGUUCAUGCAUCAAAAUAGGUUUCAUGGAUAUAUCGUCUAGGUCGGAUACGGAAUUUGGAUCAAUACAGGAGUAAAAUAAAAAUAGUCGGAUAUCAUUUUUCGGAUAACACGGAUGAAAUAAUUGAAAACGGAUGAUGCGGUAUUCACACACUCGCUGUAAGGUAUUUGUUCAAGUUUUAAUAUGAUUCUGAUCGUACCUCCGAUAUACACAUUUUUUGCAUGCUUUGCUCUGAAAAAAUCAUCAGAGAAGGAUCCACCUUUUGAUUUUUUUUCUCACCUGUCCAUCUUUUUGCGAGACUAACUUUAAACGAGUAACAGAUAGAAUUAUAUGCGUCUGUUCGACAAGUUUAGUGUGGUUUUACAUUAAUUAUCUAUCAGCCUUACGUCCAGUUUAUUUACACCUACACAGACUUUUUUAAAACUCCUCACGAAUUCUGUGGCAGAGUGAUAGCCUCUUUCCCAAUGGUUGUAUUAAUCCUUCCUCAAUAAGUAGUGACCCGACCAUCCCUUUUGACUAGAGAUCGUCGUAUCGCGUUUGUCAAUCCUUGACGAUGAAAAGAAGUUUAUUGAACUACUAGAUCGUUGCAGGAAGGAAUAAUAAAAAAAGUUUGAUUAUUUUAUCACUCAUAUAUUCUUGGAUACAAUCCUGAAUUCCUCUCCUCGACUAAUAUCCAUUGUUUAAAGAACUAGUAUCUUUAUUACGAUUACAUAACUAAUAUCGAACGAUUGUAUAUUUUUCAUGUAUUCAAGAAUUCAACAAGGAAGUACAGUGUGCAUAUGUGGAUUCAUCUUUCGCGAAUCUUUCAUUUCUUUUUUCUUUCGUAAUAAAACCCGUUGAAUAAUUUGACAGUAAUUAGAAUUUUUUUAUUAAGAAUAUUUAUAAGAUUUUCAUUAAAAUGUAAUAAAACGUCGACUCGAUGAAGACUCGUUGUCACGGAGGUAACGGGAGUUGGAAUUCGGGUGAGUAGAAGGAAAUCUGUAAUACUAUUAAUCUGUUAUCAGCUCUGCUCGGAUGAUCAAGAGAAGACUCUGGAUGCUAUUGGAUUUAUGAAGUAUACCUUUCUUUUUUGUGAGAUCAGUUCUAAUAAAAUAUAGUUACUUCGA